AAAGUCCAAAAGGGAAGUCGUGGCGCACAGCUCGAUCACGCAGGGACGAAGGCAGAUUGCUGGGGAGGACGACAAGGAAGAACAAUGAAACACGGAGGGGAAAACGCGUAGAGAGAGAGAAAGAGAGGGAGAGCAUGAAGUUCAUCAUGGCGCUGGCUGGGAUACGAGUUGUGGAGCUGGCAGGCCUGGCUCCAGCACCGUUCUGCGGAAUGAUCCUGGCAGACUUCGGAGCCAAGGUGAUCCGCGUGGACCGCACCAAGGCCGGCUCCUCUUUGGAUACGCAGACCCGGGGGAAGCGAUCGGUGGCCAUCAACCUGAAGACUUCCGAGGGUGUCGCCCUGCUCCGGAAGCUCUGUGUCCAGUCGGAUGUCGUACUUGAGCCUUACCGUAAAGGUGUGAUGGAGAAGCUUCGUCUAGGUCCACAGGAGCUGCUAAAGGAAAAUCCUGGUUUGGUUUACGCUCGCCUGACGGGAUAUGGACAAAGUGGGAUGUAUGCUUCUGCAGCUGGCCAUGACAUCAACUACCUGGCCAUGUCCGGGCUUUUAUCCCGUUUGGGUCGUAGUGGAGAGAAGCCGUACGCGCCACUGAAUCUCUUAGCAGACUUUGCGGGCGGCGGGCUCACCUGUGCCCUUGGUAUCGUCCUGGCGCUGCUGGAGCGGACAAAGUCGGGGAAAGGACAGAUCAUUGACGCUAGCAUGGUGGAAGGAGCGGCGUACGUGGGCUCCUUUGUUUGGAAAUCCCACAGCAUCGGUAUGUGGGACCGUCCACGAGGAGAGAAUAUGUUGGAUAGCGGCGCACCCUUCUACGACACCUACCUCACAUCUGACGCCAAGUACAUGGCCGUGGGCGCCAUCGAGCCACAGUUCUACCAACAGCUGCUUCAGGGUUUGGAAUUGGACGCAGACCAGUUGCCACCGCAGAUGAGCUUUGACGACUGGCCGCAGCUCAGACGGAUCUUCUCAGAGCGUUUCGCCUUGAAGACCCAGGCGGACUGGUCCAGAAUUUUCGAUGGAACAGACGCGUGCGUGACGCCUGUGUUGUCGUUUGACCAGCCCAGCCUCACCCAGAGUCUGCAUCCAGUGGCCCCCAGGUGAAUUGAGUUUGAACCCCCUGCCAUAGGGCUUCCAGCGGCACGCAACAUGAAUGAAGCGUUCGUACUCCGAGACAUUGCUUGCACACAGAGGCACAAAAAACGAAUGAAUUGAUGAAGCUUUAGUACUCCGAGACAUUGUUCGCACGCAAAGGCACAUAUGGCUCGAUGUAAAGAUGUGCAGAUGGAAAGGGUCGCAAAUAAAAGCGCUCGUAAAUCAAAGUUCCGCUGUACACGACUCAGUUUUAAGGUCACGGUCUGGAUUCAGUUGGGGAACAAAACACAAAACAUUAAAGGGGAACAUUAUCACCAGACCUAUGUAAGCGUCAAUAUGUUGCAGAAAAAAGACCAUAUGUUUUUUAACCGAUUUCCGAACUCUAAAAGGGUGAAUUUGGCGAUUUAAACGCCUUUCAAUUGUUCGCUGUCGGAGCGAUGACCUUUCACCCGUGACGUUACAAUGGGAAGCAAUCCACCAUUUUCUCAAACACAUUACACACACACAAGUCAAAUCAGCUCUGUUAUUUUCCGUUUUUUCGACUGUUUUCCGUACUUUGGAGACAUCAUGCCUCGUCGGUGUGUUGUCGGAGGGUGUAACAACACGAUCAGGGACAGAUUCAAGUUGUCUUACGUGGAGUGUGCAUCGAUUAGCACGGCAUGCUAAUCGAUGCUAACAUGGCAGAAAUGGUAAGAAUGUGUGGCUAUCCUGCAACACUCAAAGCAGAUGCAUUUCCAACGAUAAAGUCAACAAAAUUACUAAGGUGAGUUUUGUUGAUGUUAUUGACUUAUGUGCUAAUCAGACAUAUUUGGUCACAGCAUGACUGCCAGCUAAUAGAUGCUAACAUGCUAUUUAGGCUAGCUGUAUGUACAUUUGUAGCUAUAUUUGGAUCCAGCCUUUCCCUCCACCCACAUUUAAUGCCAAACAAACACUUACCAAUCGACUGAUUUAAGUUGCUCCAGUGGUAAAAAGAUGCAAUCGUUGGUUAGAAGGCGAAUCGCCGAAUAGCUUCAAUAGCUAUUUGCUCAAUAGCUUCAGUUUCUUCUUCAAUUUCGUUUUCACUAUCUGCCUCCACACUCCAACCAUCCGUUUCAAUACAUGCGUAAUCUGUUAAAUUGCUUAAGCCGCUGAAAUCAGAGUCUGAAUCCGAGCUAAUGUCGCUAUAUCUCGCUGUGCUAUCCGCCAUGUUUGUUUGUAUUGACAUCACUAUGUGACGUCACAGGAAAAUGGACGGGUGGAUUUACAGAUAGCGAAAAUCAGGCACUUUAAAGCCUUUUUUCGGGAUAUUCCAUGAUGGGUAAAAUUUAGAAAAAAAAUUCGAAAAAUAAAAUAAGCCACUGGGAACUGAUUUUUUUAUUGGUUUUCUGAAAUUGUGAUAAUGUUCCCCAUUUCUUUAAUCAGCUUUAAAAAUUAAAUACGGCUGUUGGCAGGAGCUCUGUGCUCUUAUGUCAUCCUUUUGUGUUCCCGAUGUAGAUUUCAUGUGUUUUUUUUUUUUUUUCCUUUUGGUUCGGGACCCUUUGGGACUCUGCAACGAGGGAUGGCACUUUCGGGGACUUCUGCUGUGUUUUUUUGUGAAUUUUUGGGUCUGCCUCCCAGGCCAAGGAGAACAGCUGCUGGAAUAAGCGGUAGGAAAUGGAUGGAUGGAUGGAUGUUUUACUUAUGUGACUGUGUGUAGAAGUGGCUGGUUGCAUCAGCUCUGCUCUUUUAAUGUCCUUUGUGUUCUUUGAUGUUUCCUUCUUGUGUGCUAUGGCUAUCCCUCUCAAGGGGCCCAGAGUUGGACUGAAUACAUUUUUCACACCCUCCACCCCUCCCUAGCGUUUACUUGUUUCUUACCUUUUUCGUAAGGGGCGCUGGAAGUUGGCAGAGCCGUCAGCGAUCCUGUUCUGUCUCCCUGUAAUGUUUGUCUGAUCUUGAAUGGAAUUGUGCUGAAAAUCUUAUUUUGAUAAUCGGGGGAUUAUUAAAGUAUUUCUGAUUCUGAAGUUAUCCUGUAUCUCACUUAUCGUAUAUUUCCGAUUAUAAGUCGCUCUGGAGUAUACGUUGCACCGGCCAAAAAUGCAUAACAAAGAAGUAAAAAGAAAAUAUGUAAGUCGCACUAGAGUAUAAGUCGCAUUUUUGGGGGAAAUUUAUGUGAUACAAUCUAACACCAAUAACAGACAUUUGAAAGGCAAUUUAAAAUAAAGAAAAGUGAACAACAGGCUGAAUAAGUGUACGUUAUAUGACACAUAAAUAACCAACUGAGAAGGUGCCUGGUAUCUUAACGUAAAAUAUGGUAAGAGUCAUUCAAAUAACUAUAACAUAUAGAACAUGCUAUACGUUUACCAAACAAUCUGUCACUUCUAAUCAUUAAAUCCCAUGAAAUCUUCUUCCUCAAUGUCGCUUCUAAACAACUCUGCCAACUCCAAAGGUAUGUGCCGCUUCCUCUUGUCGUUUUCUGCUGCAUAUUUCACUACGUCCAGCUUGUAAUCUGCAGUACAUGAUUUCCUUUUCGGUACCAUUUUUGGUCAGCCCUUCUCAGUUUUUAUAAUAAAUGAUCCAUUUUAAUAGAUACUGCAGUAGCAUAAAGCAUACAGCAGUUAACAUUCCAUGACCCACAAUGCACUUCUGCCAUGACCCUCCCCCGCCAAAUUCUUAUUGGUUGACGUGCGUGUGACGAUUGCUGACAUUUACUUCGUCUCUUCCGCAAAUUAGCUAAAUAAUAUUAUUUGAUAUCUUACGGUAAUGUGUUAAUAAUUUCACACAUAAGUGGCUCCGGAGUAUAUGUCGCGUCAAACUAUGAAAAAAACUGCGACAUAUAGUCCGAAAAAUAUGGUAAAUGCAAUAUGUGUACCUUAUUUUGACCAUUUUUCCCCCCAAAAUAGCGCCACUGUGUGGGGUGUUGGAUGCAGUGCUCUGAGCUCUUAUGUCUCCUUUUUUCUUGUUGAUUUUCCCCACGUGUUUUCAUGUGUUUUUUGCCUUUUCGGUUGGGGCCCCUUUGGGACUGCGCAACAAGAUUUGGCUGUUUGGUGACUUUUGUGCCACUUUUGUGCAAUGUAUGUAGAAAUGUCAGCUGGUUGCAUCACCUCUGUGCUAUUUUAAGGUAUGUUAUGUUUUUUGUGUUCUUUGAUGCUUCCCACUUGUUUCCGUGUGUUUUUUUUUUUCAUUGUGAAAAUGUUGCAUCUGCACAGUAACCACAUGAUUUCCCCAUUGUGGGAGUAAAAAAAGUAUCCUAUCCUAUCCUAUGAAUUGUUAAACACUUAUGUCAGCACGAUGCAUUGAUCUCAGGAGAUCCCAGUUGGCAGAAGUCAAAUAAAUAAUAAAGAUCUAAGGACUUGAUUGCA